UUUACGAGUUUACUCGCGACAGCUAAAACAAUAUAUUUCUCAGUAUAACUGUUAUAAAGUGAACUCUAAAUAUGCCCCGACCGAUAUCCAAGAUAUGGGAUCAUUUCGAACUCAUAAACACGGAUGGCAAGAAAACGGCACGGUGUAACUUUUGCAGAAAACAUUUGGGGAAUAAUGCGACAAAAUUGAGGCAACAUUUAGAAAACAGCUGUAAACAGUGCCCGAAUGAUUUUAAAGUAGCCUUUGAAGAUAUACCUAGAGGAGAUACAUCACAAGCGGCGUCACAUUUCCUUUCAGUGUCUUCCUCGCAGCUGGCCCACAGCCCGAUAUUUGUGCCGACGCCAAGUUCAGCGAACGAUUCACUCUCGCCGUGUUCCUUUUCUCGAGCCUUGCAACAUGACCAACAAUCAAAUGGACCCCCAGAUAAUACUUGUAUGACUCCAGAAAAAAAUAAAGAAAUAGACCUUUGUUUCGCACGAGCCAUUUAUGCAACAGGUACGCCAUUUAAUCUUUUAGAAUCCAGUUUUUGGCAAAAAGCAAUCGCCGCUCUUAAUCCCACGUACACGGUCCCUUCGAGAAACUCGAUCAGUACUAGUCUAUUAGAUUCUGAGUACGAACGUGUACGAAAAGGAACAUUAGAAAUUAUCAAUCGAGCAGAAGCUCUUGUUCUGGUGAUGGACGGCUGGACUGAUAUAAAUGGUAAAGGUACCGUCAAAUUCAUAGUGACCACGCCUAAACCGUUUUUUUAUAAAAGCGUAUACCCUGGUAGUAACCGUGAAAAUGCUGUUUAUUUAUUUACACAAAUGAAAGCUUUGAUAGAUGAAAUUGGUCCAUCAAAAUUUGUCGCAGUGGUUACCGAUAAUACGAUUACAAUGAAGGCGACGUGGAGAAUGGUUGAAGCGGAGUAUGAACAUAUAUUUGCAGUGGGAUGCGCGUCACAUACGUUGAAUUUACUAUUAAGAGACAUUGUUAAGAUACAAAAAAUUAAAGACUGCAUUGAUAUAGUUACCAAAAUCAUAAAGUACAUUAAAAAGCGGCAUGUAGAAUUAACUUAUUUUGAAAAGAUACAAACAGAAAAGUAUGGAAAUAAUAAGAAAACUUUAAAACUGACAGGACAAACGCGUUCGGGAGGUAAUUAUAUAACCAUGAUGGAAUCAUUGCUUUGCAACCGCGAGGCACUCAAAGCUACUGUAACAUGUCAGGAAAUAAAUUUUGAUAGAGAGUUAACGCAACAUAUACUUACAGAAGACUUAUGGAUCAGUGUCAAUGCAUUGCAUAAUAUUUUAAAACCUAUUUUCGUGGCUACCACGAAUCUAGAAUCGAACGAAGCUCUUUUAUCGCAAGUGCCAGAGAUGUUUGAAUAUAUCAGAGAAAAUGUAUAUAAUGCUUUGAGUACUUGUGAAUUAAUAGAUAACGAAGUGGAAAGGCUAAUUAUAGAAUUAAUCGGAAAUAAACAACAUUUGGUCGAGAAGCCAAUUCACUAUGCUGCCAAUAUUUUAGACCCAAAAUUCAUGGGAUUAAAACUAACACCUGCGAAAGUAGCGAAAGGCCAAGAAUUUAUUCAUCGAUACGCCGAAAUACAACAUAAAAAUGCUGGGAAAGUAAUGGCAAACUUAGCUGAAUACCGAUCAAGAAGUGGUUUUUAUAGUCAAGUGGGUAUCUGGGCUGCUUCUGAUCAAGUCGAAGCGAGAACUUGGUGGAAGGGUCUCUGCGAUUGUCAAAUAUUAGCGUCCAUUGCAAUACAAUUAUUAUCUAUACCUCCGUCAUCUGCUGCCAGUGAACGCAAUUGGUCACUUUUUGGGAACACGUCAACUUGUCCCAGAAACAUCAUUACUACUGACAGGCUCCAGAAGCUGAUUACAGUAAGAUCUAACAUUAGACUAUUAUCUGAUAAUCCAAAUGAUAACGUUUAUAUGGCAGAUGAUGAAGAAUAUGUUAGUUCAAACAGCCAUUCUGAAGACGAAGGAGAAGGAGAAAGUGUUGUCCAAGAGCAAGACAACAUUCCUAAAGUAGAGGAAGACAAUGAGCAGGAAAUAAUGGUACAAUAUUUUUAA